GUGGCCGCGAGCGGAUGUUUCAACGCAAGCAGAAUUCCGAUACUUGCUGAGGAACUUUAGAUUACGUCACGUUGAAUUUAAAGUGAGUUUCAAGUGGUAUGGUGCUUCGAUGAUUUUGUUAAAAUGGUGCAACGUAAAGAUAAACGUCUCAUAAAACUGGGCGCCACUUUCUUUUGGGUGCUUACCUGUAUUCAUGGAUUAAAUGCCGUGAAGAUAGUGAAAGUAGUCGUACCCGAGAUAAUACAGUACGGGGUACAAGACGCUGUGAUUUUGGACUGUGAUUACACUUACGGUAACAAUACAUCAGGAUUGGUGGUAAAAUGGUUCUUCAAGAACAAAGCGCGACCCGUGUAUCAAUGGAUUGCAACGCAGAAACCGCAGGAUAUGGGUAUAUUACGGGGUCGAGUCGACUUGACUUAUCGAGCGUCGAACGAUCCAUUAAAAAUGCAUAGAGCGUUGCGUAUAGUGAAACCGAAUACGGACAUUUCGGGCGACUAUACGUGUGUCGUAUCUACAUUUAUGGAAGAAGAUUCGAGAACAAAGCAAAUGAUUGUUUUUGUACCGGAGACGAAUUUCCGUCUGAUCCAGAACAAGACCGAUGACGACACAGUGAACGUCAUCUGUGCGGCGGAUGGGGCCUUCCCUGCGCCAAACCUCACUCUUGCCACACCGGAAAGGCGAUUGGACGGCGUUUCCCACAGUCUGAAACUCGUGAACGGACGAUAUUCUGCCGUCGCGUUUGUUACGCUCCAGGACGCUGAUCUACCUUCGCCAGCCGAGUUUAUAUGCACUUUACGGAUACCCCUUGCAAAUUACGCUGUACGAAAAGAAGCUAUAUAUUAUCCAGGACCUAUAAGCACUACCCCGGAGAUGCCGACUGCUGCCGAUAUGCAGCUUGCAGCAGCGGUGGGGUCAGAAGGUGCAAGUUAUCACGCUGCUGUAUCAAUAGUCCUGCUAUCUCUGGCUCAAUUAUGUUUUUAAAGUAAAAAGAAACAAGAUAAGAAGAUUUCUCGCAAGAUGAAGGUUGCAACACGUCUGCAUAUUUAGAUAUCUAGUCAUGAUGUCCAAAGUUACGAAGAUUACGUAAAUUGUUCAGAAUUCUCGGCAUAAAAGCUUUUUGUGUACUAAUUAAUACUAAUUGCGAGCUAAGAUUUACCGUUAACUUGAUAUUUUAAUGUAGUUAACAAUUUGUACAGAUUAUAUGAAAAAUGAAUUUCCAUAUUAUUAAAUAUUUUUCAUAACAAAAACAUUAAUAUAAUUGUAAAUAGCAUUACUUGGGAUAUAUCAAUGUUUGUUAUUCACGGUGUGGGCCUAAAAUUGGACGUUUUGUAACUAGGUGUUAGCUAAGAUACGAUUAUAGUAUUAUAUAUUAUAAAAAAAUUCUUUAAAUAAAUUAUUCAGAUUUGAAUAAAAGCACAUAGUUAAAAUUGGUACUAUUAAAAUUAUUAAUUUUAAAAUUAUAAUUAUAGAAAUGAGUCUCUCAUACGUCAUUUGUAUUAUACUCCGGUCGUAAUUAUUUGGAUUAGGAAAUAAUAUUCGACAGCCAAAUUCCCAUUCAAAAGUGAUACAUUUGAAGUAUAUUAAAGUGAAAAGUUGAACUUUCAAAGUUGAGCAUCACUUUUCAGAAUAGGAAAUGGAAGGCAUUUGUCUGUCAAUAUGACGAUCUGAGGUAUUCGUUGCCAUCGAAAACUUUAUUACAUUUCACUCACGACAGUAUCGUGAAAUUUUAUAGAAAUGUCUUUAAGUUUAUUUCGAUGUUUUGUGAUAUGUUUCCUGUUAAAGAAUUUUAAACACAAAUGUUAGUAUAGUUAAAAUAUUAUAACUGACAUAUAAUUUUAGACAAAGCUUCGAGUGUGAAACACAAUCUAGUUAUGAAACGUCUACUGUAUUAUAAGUUAGUUUUGUUGUAUUUAGUAUAAUUUUCCUGACGCUUAUUUCAUUAGCAUAUUUAAGAUCACACGCAUCAUACUUGGAAUGUUAAAUGAUAUAGAGUGAAACCAGAUUUAUUUUCACUAUGGGUCUUGGAAAUUUCCUUUUCAUUAUUAUCACUACGGCUGGCAACGUUCGGUUCGUGGCAGAAGUUAUAUGAGAUACCUGUAAAGAAAAUAAAUGAUUAUAAGACCCUGAACCGACUUCAUUAGCAACGGAAAAAAAAAUGUAAAUGAUACAAAUUAUUCAUAAUAUUAUACGCUGAUGAAAAACCCUAACUUGAAUAAAUAUUUUUAUCCGAAGACUUCGUUUCAAGGAAGAACCGAAUGUACCAACUGUAAAAUAUUGAAAGACCAUGACGAUACCAAAGCAAAUAGUGUUAGUCAUUGAUUUAGUACCACUUGUUAAGCUAUGUGGUAAAAGAAAAUCAGUCAAUAUACGUAUAUGUACAAAGUCUAUGUCAAAAUAACUUUUGUUAAGGUUUAUGAAGGAUGAUGUUAUUCUUCAGAAACAGGGUAUCGUGAUUUUUUUUUUAUUUUUAUUUAAUGUAAUAACUUAUAACUAUAUAAACAUGAAUUUAUGGACAAUAUUGUAAAUCUAAAUUUAGAUGUUUGCCCUUAUUCUUAAAUCCCAUAAGUAUUUCUCUCCGAGACUUGGUAUCACUGUGCUUGUAGUUAAAAUUUUUUUGAUAGUGAUUUGGUGUGAUUGGUAAAGUAAAAAUUACAACAAUUUUUAAAAAUUUGUUCAUGAAUAAGGGCCCCUGUAAAUAUUUGUAUCGAAAUUUAUAUUGUAAGUUUUUUUUUUAAUUUAAGAGACUUUUUGUUAAUUCGCUGUGCAUAUGCCAUUAAUGGAUAAAAUCCAAUCAAAACUUUUUGUGGGUUUCGAAAAUAAAUGAACCAGUCGUUGUGUAA